UGAAGAGGAGUAUCCACACACAAUGUCAGCUCCCAGUCUCCAUCUAAGCAGCAGUGUGAAGGAAUAACACUGAAGGACUGAAGACAACAGUACACCAUCUUUCCUCGAAGGUCACUGUCCUGUUGCACCCGUGCGACUCCACUGCAUUCGGUUGAUUGCCAUUAUCUAACGAUCUACAUCAAGAAGCACCAUGGAGAACAACCUGGAAAACAACAUGGAACCUAAGUCAGAGCAGGAUGAGAUGCAGCGAUGUGCUGACCAGAUCACGGAUGAGUCCCUGGAAAGUACCCGUCGUAUGCUGCAACUGGUGGAAGAGAGCAAAGAUGCUGGGAUCAGGACUCUUGUCAUGUUGGAUGAACAAGGAGAGCAACUGGAGAGGAUUGAAGAGGGAAUGGAUCAAAUCAAUAAGGACAUGAAAGAAGCAGAAAAAAAUCUGUCGGAUCUGGGCAAAUGCUGUGGUCUUUGUUCCUGCCCCUGCAAUAAGUUAAAGAACUUUGAGGCAGGAGGAGCCUACAAGAAGGUGUGGGGGAAUAACCAGGACGGUGUAGUGGCCAGCCAGCCGGCCAGAGUGAUGGAUGAUCGGGAACAGAUGGCGAUGAGCGGUGGAUACAUCCGAAGAGUCACAGAAGAUGCUCGGGAAAAUGAGAUGGAAGAAAACCUGGAUCAGGUGGGCAGUAUCAUUGGAAACUUGCGACAUAUGGCGCUUGACAUGAGCAAUGAGAUUGGCUCCCAGAACGCCCAGAUUGACCGGAUUGUGGUUAAGGGUGAUAUGAACAAAGCCCGCAUUGAUGAAGCCAAUAAGCAUGCCACCAAGAUGCUGUGAGCUGCUUCCAGACAAAAAUCCUCCUUUCUGCCAGAGACCCAUCCCAUUAUCCAUUGCAGCAUCUGAGAGAUCCUGGAGGGGCAAGUCCCUGUUGCUGUGAUAGGAUACCACACGGUUCAAUAUUAUUCUGUACAUUUUAAUUUAUUUUAUAAUUUCUCAGUGUUGCAAUUUUUUCCAGUUGUGUAAGGUGUAUAUUUCAGUGUCAAUGUGUGUAAUUGCCUGCCCAGAGUGAGCUAAGUGUACUAUUUUGUUUUUAUCUCUGUGCUGAUCGGUCCUUUUUAUGAAUGAAUUGUUCUCUGUAAUCACGUGAUAACAUGAGCAUGAACCAAGCUCGAUGUGCGCAGCUGAAUUCCAAUAAACGUACAGCAGAUCC